AUGAGAAUUUGUGGAGCAGCAAUCAACAGCAGCUACACCACCACAUCCAAUUCUCUUUCAGUGUUUGUUUCCUCUUCCCUCUCCAGUCCUUCCAAAACCAAGUUCCUGCCCUCACUUUCUAGGUUUUCUGUCAAGCGCUCUUACUUAUUUUCCCAAACUCCACGCAUUGCUGUGAACAAGCCCUCAAUGAACCUAUUGAACAGACUUGGGUUUGGCAGCACGAGGGCUUUAGAGAACAUGGAUUCAUCCAUUCCUCAGGGUCCAGAUGAGGACAUACCAGCACCAGGACAGCAGUUUGCCCAGUUUGGUGCUGGCUGUUUUUGGGGUGUUGAGUUGGCCUUCCAAAGGGUGCCUGGGGUGACAAAGACAGAGGUUGGUUACACCCAGGGGCUUGUGCAUAAUCCAACCUAUGAAGAUGUGUGUUCGGGGACCACAAACCACUCAGAGGUUGUUAGGAUUCAAUAUGAUCCCAAAAAUUGUAGCUAUGAGUCUCUGCUUGAUGCGUUCUGGGCUAGACAUGAUCCUACUACUCUGAAUAGACAGGGUAAUGAUGUGGGAACACAGUACAGAUCUGGAAUAUACUACUACACGCCGGAGCAAGAGAAGGCAGCCAGGGAGUCGUUGGAACAACAGCAAAAGCAGUUGAACAGGAAGAUCGUUACUGAGAUUCUUCCUGCCAAGAAGUUCUACAGGGCAGAGGAGUACCAUCAACAGUACCUUGCGAAAGGGGGCCGGUUUGGUUUCAAGCAAUCUGCUGCUAAAGGUUGCAAUGAUCCAAUUCGGUGCUAUGGUUAA